AUGGAUUCUUCGGAGAAAGCCAGUCAGAUCGCCCACAAGGACCUGAGCCACAAGAACAAGCAGAACCACCGUGGCUUCCUCCUCAUCUGGCUUGCCUGGCAGAGCACGGGCACUAUAUACGGCGAUAUCAGCACAAGCCUUCUCUACGUAUACCAGUCAACCUUCUCCUCGCAACCUUCCCAGGAUGAUCUUAUCGGCGCGCUGUCCAUUAUCAUUUGGUCUCUGACCCUCAUUGUCACGGUCAAAUACUGCCUCAUCGUACUACCCGCCGAUGAUGAUGGCCAGGGCGGUACCUUCGCCCUCUACUCGCUCCUCGCCCGCUAUGCAAACAUUGUCCGCUGCGACCCCAAUGUCUCCGGCAUGACGCACCUCCACCGCCAUCGCACAAGCGACAUGAGCCCUAUCGAUGGAAGUGUGAGGAAUUUCUUGGAGAACUCCCGCGUCGCUCAGUCCGUGUUAAAGGCCAUCGGUGUUCUUGGCGUAUCUAUGGUGAUGGCAGAUGGAAUCCUAAUGCCUGCCAUGUCUGUUCUCGGUGCGGUCCAAGGCAUCACAGUUGCCCACCCGCAGCUCAUAACAAGGGAUAUUGUUGGCAUCUCCUGCGCCAUUCUAGUUAUGCUAUUCUUGGCGCAGCCCUUCGGGACCGCCAAAAUUGGCACAUCGUUCGCGCCCAUCGUCAUCGUUUGGCUGCUUUUCAACUUGUGCAGCGGCAUCUACAACCUCGCGCUGCACGACUAUGCGGUGCUCAAGGCGUUCAGCCCACACUAUGCCUUUGCGUAUCUGAUCCGCAAUGGAUCCGACGGGUGGAAGUCGCUCGGCGGGCUUUUACUCGCCUUCACGGGCGUCGAGGCGCUGUUUGCGAAUUUGGGCGCCUUCGGGAAGCGAGCAAUCCAGCUCUCAUGGUUGUGCCUUGUGUACCCUUGUCUGGUCUUCGCAUACGCAGGGCAGGCGGCUUAUAUCUCGACGGAUGAGAGCCAGAAGGCAUUUACGAAUCCUGUCUUCUAUACGGUGCCGCCAGGCAGCUUCUACUUCAGUAUAAUCAUCGCGGUUCUCACGGCGAUUGUCGCGAGCCAAGCAAUGAUUACCAGCUCAUUCCAGCUGAUGGCUCAGGUCAUGAGGCUGAGUUACUUCCCGCACGUCAAGACGGUGUACACGAGUCGUGAGUUCCACGGACAGGUGUAUAUACCGUCAGUGAAUUGGCUGUUGAUGAUCGGGACGGUCAUUGUUGCGGCUGUUUACAAUAAUACCACUAGUCUCGGCAACGCCUACGGAGUAUGCGUUAGCAUCGUGACCUUUAUAACAACCUGCAUGAUCUCUCUUGUCGCCGUCAUCGUCUGGCGCAUCCCGGCGCUGGCGGUCCUCGUCUUCUUCCUCCUCUUCGUCGCCCUUGACGUCGCUUUCUUGUCGUCCGCCCUCCGGAAAGUCCCCGAAGGUGCCUGGCUCACCAUCGUUCUCGCUGCUAUCCUCUCCAUCAUCUUCAUCCUAUGGCGCUUCGGCAAGGAGCAACAGUGGGCUGCCGAAGCCGAAGACCGCAUCUCGCCGUCUCAACUCUUGCAGCGCCCACAUGGCUCCUCUAAGACUCCGCAAGAUAAGCAGUACGGUCCGGUGGUGACUCUAUCACCUGUAAAUGGCCCGGGGAAUAUGUCGACUGCAUCGGGCUUAGGCAUCUUCUUUGAUAAAGUCGGUGGAGAUGAUAGCACGGUGCCAAACGUAUUCGCGCAGUACGUCCGCAAGUUCAUGGUCCGACCCGAGGUCAUUGUAUUCUUCCACAUACGCCCGUUGUCCGUUCCCACGGUCCCGACUGCGGAGCGCUUUGUUAUUAUGCGAGCGACUCCGGUAAUCUCCUCGUGCUAUCGUCUCACACUCCGCCAUGGGUACAUGGACGACGUGCUGACGCCUGAUCUAGAAAUGGUCAUGGUGAACAAGCUUGUCAACUUCAUCACACGAGGCGGCGGCGACCAGUACAGCGAGCUGCCGGCCGUCCGCGAGGAGGUGGAGGCGCUGUGUCGGGCGCAGGACGCACAGGUGGUGUACGUGAUGGGUAAACAAAUUAUGAAGAUCCGCAAGAGGCACGGCAAGAUCGUCUGUCGGGCAAUUCGCAGGAUAGUGCUGGAAGCGUUCUUGUGGAUUCGCGAGAACUCACGGGCGAAGUUGGCAGACCUGGAUAUCAACGUGAAUGACUUGGUCGAGAUGGGGUUCGUCAAGGAGAUAUGA